GUCACGCCAUCAAUAGCAUUUUUUUCGAAUGAUUUGUUUGGCAUUUACGUGGUGUUGGGUCGUUGAUGCUUUUACUUUAGGUUAUUUGACUUCAACUACAGGCUCGUGGCUUCGUGGAGCUCUAAAGAUUUUUAGUUUCCUUUCUUAAAUCUCACGUGGACGGCCCCGGCCGGGACCCCCGCUCCCUCCUGCCCCCCUGCGGGGGUCAUGCGGUGGUUCUGCCUCCCGUUCCUCCCCCUGUCCCUCGUCCUCUGCCUGCCAAACCACCCAUGGCCGUUGCCAGCCCUUCAGGACGUCUCCAUUGACUCUGUAAACAUGCGACACACGCUCAGCUGGCGCCCCCUAGAUGCGUUCUGCUGGACUGCAGCCUUGUACACCGUGCAGUUCCAGGGGGAAUUUGAGCGGACUAUUUUAAACGACAGCUGGCUUGACUCCCCCAAGUGCAGGCGGACCCCCCGCACGCACUGCGACCUGACCCCCGACCUUGGCUCCGACUCGGACUACGGCGUCCGCGUCAGAGCCGAGUGCGGCCAGCAGGUGACGCCCUGGACACGCCUCAACGCGCUGUUCAACCGGAGAGAGACGUUGCUGCGUCCUCUGGAGAUGGCGGUGGAGGCGAUGGGAGACGGAGUGCGCGUCUCGUUUGAACGUCUUCCACAGACGGCCAGCGUGGGCAUCACCCUCUGGAGACAAGGACAAGAGCAGGAGGCUUCCACGGUCCGGCUGGAACAGACGCCCAUCCUGUUCACCGCCCUGCAGGAGGGAGCGGUGUACUGCGUCCGGGCGUGCACCUACCUGGACGGCCGACCGGGCAGCGCCCCCACGGACACACACUGUGUAACCAUCAGGGAUCAUGAGGAGCCAUGGAAGAAGCCCACAGCUGCCAUGGUAACGGUGGUAGUCAUGGCGGCACUCCUGUUUGCCGUAUUCUGGUCUGUCGGCCGCUGCAAGGCAGAAGGCUGCCACGCCCACUUCCAGAAAGAGCCCCUCCCCUUCUCGCUGCAGCAACCUAAUUGGCCGAUGGAGUUACUGCCGUAUCCUGAACAGGGGGAGAUAUGUGAGCCAAUCACAGCCCUCUUUCUGUUGGAGCUCACGUGAGGACGUUCCAGUCAGUUAGCGCCGUAGCCGUUACCACCCCAGCUCCCACAGAUAAAGACUAUAUAAAGUAUUACAGCAAAUCCAUGCUAAAAUCCACCUGAUUUAACGCAUCUGUAGUACUACCUGCUGUACUUACAUCACCUAACAAAAGGAAGAGGAAGAUUUCUGAACAACGGUAAUGUUUUACCACCAAUGUAAAUAGCGAAUAAGCUACCAGGAGUUUGGCUACUAGGCUAAGUCUUUAAUGUGCUUGUUAAAGUUUGAGUUGUUUUGGUCAUUGGUCUCUAUGCGGUUAUGACAGAGAAACCCAUUUGAUUCGUUAUAGGCCUAAUAAACCGCUUUUGAUAGUUUCUGCCUCAAUAACUGAGGGAUCAGCUUAAUGCCGCCUUAAAAACAACUCGGAGGUUCGGAAGCUCUACGUGCCUUUACGGAAACCUUCCCUUCUUCCGAAAUAAGAGUGUUCAGGAAACACCCCUCAGAAGUUCUUAGGCUAUGACAUAAAACCUGAAAACAGAUCGUUCUGGAGACAAGACUCAUAACAACUACAAGCAUGGAUGCCCGCAGGGACCUCUUUGCGCUUCUUUGCUGAAUCAGAUGAAUCAGUUAUUAGAACUGCUUGCGAUGGUUGAACAUGAGUGACAAUUCAUCAGGUGAUGUUUAUAAUUGUAAUCUAUAAUGUAUAGUAAUGCAAAUGUUACAAUGGUUGUUAAGUUUGCCUCUUAGUGCUAGCUGUAAGUUCACUUAAGUCUGUAAAUGAAAUGGGCAGCCAUUGUUGUGGCAUAAACUCUGAGGUCUCGGGUAGCUCUCUACAUCCGCACGAACCUCUAGCGAAAACUCCAACCCAACGGAGUGUCAAAGCACUUUCCUCUGAGCUUAAGGUCCGAACCUAAAAACCUCCUGGAAACUCGUACCGUUUUGAAGCCGGCAUACGACUCAGAACCUGUGAUGACCACAUUAAUGAAGCUGGUAGUUAAAUCAGUGAAAUCAAAUGUCAGUGUCUGUGUUUAUAAAAGCUAACACUAAACCCCUCUCUGACUGUUGUCGCCCCCUGCUGGUUGUUUCAUGACCUUGUUUGAACUGAACCUGAGUGGAAUCCUGCAAAGGAUAAAUAAACAAAUAUUAGAGAAUAUACAAUGAGCAUUAAUCAAAUAAAAAGUUUUAAAGUCAA